AUGGCGAUGAAGAUAUCUUUUAAUAACAGAACAAAGGAGUCUAACUCUAAAAAAUCAAUCAUUUUCUCAGAUUCCUAUAUGUUCACAAAACAAUUAGUAAACACAAACCUCACACCUUUCUUAUGUUCUAAAUGUGAAAAAUGUUUUAUAAGUAAACAAACUCUUGUUGCACAUCAGAGAACUCACAAAGGAGAGAAUCAUUUCUCAUGUGCUGAAUGUGGAAAAUGUUUUGACACUAAUGCAAAGCUUGUUCGGCAUCAGAGAACUCACACAGGAGAGAAACCGUUCUCAUGUUCUGAAUGUGGAAAAUGUUAUAGGCUGUACUCACAACUUGUUGCACAUAAGAGAACUCACACGGGAGAGAAACCUUUCUCAUGUUCUGAAUGUAGAAAAUGUUUUAGUAGUAAACAAACUCUUGUUAUACAUCAGAGAACUCACACAGGAGAGAAACCGUUUGCAUGUUCUGAAUGUGGAAAAUGUUUUAGUAGUAAAAAAACUUGUGUUAGACAUCAGAGAACUCACACAGGAGAGAAACCGUUUUCCUGUUCUGAAUGUGGAAAAUGUUUUUGUAGUAAAGCACCUCUUGUUAUACAUCAGAGAACUCACACAGGAGAGAAACCAUUUGAAUGUUCUAAAUGUGGAAAAUGUUUUAGAAGUAAAAACUCUCUUGUUAUACAUCAGAGAACUCACACAGGAGAGAAACCGUUUGCAUGUUCUGAAUGUGAAAAAAGGUUUUUCAUUAAAGCAGAGCUUGUUCGGCAUCAGAGAACUCACACAGGAGAGAAACCGUUCUCAUGUUCUGAAUGUGGAACAUGUUAUAGGUUGUACUCAGAAUUUGUUGCACAUCAGAGAACUCACACGGGGGAGAAACCUUUCUCAUGUUCUGAAUGUAGAAAAUGUUUUAAUAGUAAACAAACUCUUGUUAUACAUCAGAGAACUCACACAGGAGAGAAACCGUUUGUAUGUUCUGAAUGUGGAAAAUGUUUUAGUAGUAAAAAAACUUGUGUUAGACAUCAGAUAACUCACACAGGAGAGAAACCGUUUGCAUGUUCUGAAUGUGGAAAAUGUUUUCGUAGUAAACAAACUCUUGUUAUACAUCAGAGAACUCACACAGGAGAGAAACCGUUUGCAUGUUCUGAAUGUGGAAAAUGUUUUAGAAGUAAAGACUCUCUUGUUAUACAUGAGAGAACUCACACAGGAGAGAUUCUAUUCUCAUGUUCUGAAUGUGGAAAAUGUUUUGUCAUUAAAGCAGAGCUUGUUCGGCAUCAGAGAACUCACACAGGAGAGAAACCGUUCUCAUGUUCUGAAUGUAGAAAAUGUUUUGUCUCUAAUGCAAAGCUUGUUCUUCAUCAGAGAACUCACACAGGAGAGAUUCCAUUCUCAUGUUCUGAAUGUGGAAAAUGUUUUAGUAGUAAACAAACUCUUGUUAUACAUCAUAGAACUCACACGGGAGAGAAACCGUUCUCAUGUUCUGAAUGUGGAAAAUGUUUUAGUAGUAAACAAACUCUUGUUAUACAUCAUAGAACUCACACGGGAGAGAAACCGUUUGCAUGUUCUGAAUGUGGAAAAUGUUUUGUCACUAAAGGAGAGCUUGUUCGUCAUCAGAGAACUCACACAGGAGAGCAACCAUUCUCAUGUUCUGAAUGUGGAAAGUGUUUUGUCAUUAAAGCAGAGUUUGUUCGGCAUCAGAGAACUCACACAGGAGAGAAACCGUUCUCAUGUUCUGAAUGUGGAAAAUGUUUCUUCAUUAAAGCAGAGCUUGUUCGGCAUCAGAGAACUCACACAGGAGAGAAACCGUUCUCAUGUUCUGAAUGUGGAAAAUGUUUCUUCAUUAAAGCAGAGCUUGUUCGUCAUCAGAGAACUCACACAGGAGAGAAACCGUUCUCAUGUUCUAAAUGUGGAAAAUGUUAUAGGCAGUACUCACAACUUGUUGCACAUCAGAGAACUCACACAGGAGAGAAACCAUUCUCAUGUUCUGAAUGUGGAAAAUAUUUUAGUAGUAAACAAACUCUUGUUAACCAUCAGAGAACUCACACAGGAGAGAAACCAUUUGCUUGUUCUGAAUGUGAAAAAUGUUUUCGUAGUAAAGCAAAUCUUGUUAUACAUCAUAGAACUCACAGGAAAGAAACUGUUUGCAAUGUCUGA